AUGGCUUUGGUCGGCGUUGCUCAGAGGCCCUUGGUAACUUCAGUGCUCGGCAAAGCCAUUGAUUUAUUCCUGACACACGUCACAAGUGGCAUGGUGGACAUACAUCUCCAGGUGGAUCCUGCCCCUCAGCCCCUUCCCGAGGGUGGCACCCAGCCACCUCUGCCCCCUCAGCCCCAUCCCGAGGAUGGCACCCAGCCACCUCUGCCCCCUCAGCCCCUUCCCGAGGGUGGCACCCAGCCCCCUCUGCCCCCACAGUCUCGGCUGUCCCUUCCCGAGGGUGGCACCCAGCCACCUCAGACCCCUCAGCCCCGGCUGUCCCUUCCCGAGGGUGGCACCCAGCCACCUCUGCCCCCACAGUCCCGGCUGCCCCUUCCCGAGGGUGGCACCCAGCCACCUCUGCCCCCUCAGCCCCUUCCCGAGGGUGGCACCCAGCCCCCUCUGCCCCCUCAGCCCCUUCCCGAGGGUGACAACCACCCCCCUCAGACCCCACAGCCCCGGCUGUCCCUUCCCGAGGGUGGCACCGAGACACCGCUGCCCCCUCAGCCCCGGCUGCCCCUCAGCCACCUCUGCCCUCUCAGCCCCAACACGCUGCAUUCCCAUCCACCAUAA